AUGGAUAAGCCAUGGCGAGCGCGGAGUGAACUCAGUGGGGCACAUUGGGACAGCGAAUACGACCUUAAGGAGGAACGGCACAGAAAUUGGAGUGAAGAAUCCACUACUUCUUUGAUGGAGAAGGACUUGGUUAACCCACAACCACGUGUGGCGAUUAGCAGAUGGGAUGACAACGGCAAUGUUUGGAGCGCUGCGUUAGGAGCCCUGGCUGGUGCCGGGACUGUCCUGAUCUUUAUUGCGAUCUUAUUACUGUGGAGAAAACCACGGAGGGUAGAGCCACCGACACUAGCGCCAAUGGACAUCGGACAAAAAGUGAGUACUCAAAAAUUUUGUACACAAUUAGAAAAAGUUACCAUGUCCAUCUUGUGUUAG